AUGCAACAGGCCCGGCUGUCCGUUGCACGCCCUUGUCGAUUCGUCGCUCGCCGACAUUAUUCCGCACCGCUAUCCGCACGACGAUUCCACUUGUCACGAACAUGGUUCGCAUCACCGUCUCAAGACCCGCACGACGCCGAUAACGCCGUGCCAGGAAAUGUCGUAGAAGAACCUUCCCUCAAAACCGAAAAUACUUCAGACAAUGGCCCGCCGGCGUCAUCUCCCUCCCCCGAGGCGGCCAAGCCAAUCACCAAAACCUACGGGUCUGCUGUACGCAGAGCUAUGCGAAACCGAAGAUCAUCGCAGCAGGCGGCUAAAUCAACGGCAACCGUUCCGGCAUGGUUUUAUGAACACAAUAUGUUAUCCCACGGCCGUGAAGACCGUGCUAUUCAAUCGCUACAACAGGUCAGGAUAGCGAAAUCAGGGUUACAACGGGGAUUGGAGGAGACUCAGGCCGAGAGUCUGGCGUCCGGAGGAGAUUCUGAUCCCUCUACAUCCACUGAGUCAUCGGAAUCAAGAGAUGAGAAUCGGUACACGGUGGCCGAGGAAACAUGGGAAGAGCUACGGGCGUCUGUCAAGGCAGGCUUGCGGUUACCAGCUGCAAAAUAUGCCAAGGAGCCAUCGGUGAAGAAAUCGCAUCUGGCUCUGCACUACCCUGGAAAUGAUGGCAUACCAUUCCUAGACGCGGUGGUGAAAAAGCUUGCCCACGAGUUGGGUGCCGAUCUGGUAACCCUGAAUGCCCAAGACAUCGCACAAUUGUUCAGCGAGCAAGAUCUCGCAGACGUCGGGGUAACAUCGCCCAUUCGAUCCCUCGGCUAUGAUGUAUAUAGAACUUCCGUCACGCCCUCAUGGUCCGAAAUUGAAGACCCCGAGGGAGACGGAGAGGAUGACGUGACUGAAAUUACUGGUGCCCCCCGAGGUAUGCGCGGUGAUGUUGGCCCACCUCGAUUUAUCACAAUUGAGAGCAGCAAAGAGGCGGGUGACAUCCCCCUCCCCAACUGGCUUGGACUGAAGACUCUCCUGGGAGGGUCGAUCAAUGGUCAGAUAGACGCGGAUCCUGGAGUCGGAGCUUCACGAAGUGGUACACGCGCGGAGAAUCGAUGGAUUCAAUUAGUGAACGAGCUUCUUGGAUCACCUAGUCAACUAUCGUUGCCAAUUCCCAAAGAGUCAACAGAAAAGGCCGAACCGAACAUCAGCAAGUCUUUACCAGCUCGUGAUAUCAUUAUGCACAUACAGGACUAUCGUGACAUUCAAAACACCCGAGAGGGUUCGAAAUUCAUUUCACUCCUGCACAAAGUUAUCCAAGACCGGAGAGCGGAAGGAUCCAAGAUUUUGUUGAUCGGAACUACCUCGCAAGAAAUUCAUCACUCGUCCUCGCAAGAUGGUGCUGGUCUUCUGCAAAAUGUUCUUGAUGACCAAUUCUCCAAGACCUUGAUCAUCACCCCGGCGAUGAGCUCGAAGGCCGCAGAAAAGGUAUUCAUGGAGGACCGAAAGAAGCGCACCAUGGAUAUCAACAUCCGUCACCUGCAGAGCAUGAUUCGGUUCCGACUACACGAACAAGCUUUGCCCGUGAAAGAUAAUAUUCUGAGCGAUCGCGCUUGGCCGCUGGAGCCUUCAAGUAUCAAGGAAUCCGGAAUCGAGGACCGCUAUUGGUCAUAUAACCAAGUGCACUGGAUCGCGACUCUUGCACUUGGAUGCGCAGAAGCUACCGAGCCCCUUGGCUUUGAGCACAUCCGACGAGGAAUUGAGCUGAUGGACAGAAGCGACCGAGUCACCAAUGAAUGGCUGAAAGAGAAGUCUCCCAAGCAGAAAGACUCAGAGGCUGGGCAAACUCGCGAGCAGCUGAUAAGCUCUCUGCGCAAAACCUGCAACACGCACGAGAAGAAGCUGCUUAAUGGUGUCGUUGACGCCAAGAGCAUCCGCACCACAUUUAAUGAUGUGCAUGUGCCUCCCGAGACCAUUGAUGCCCUGAAGACCCUGACCUCGCUCUCACUCAUCCGCCCCGAGGCAUUCACAUAUGGCGUCCUCGCCACCGACAAGAUUCCUGGUCUUCUCCUGUAUGGACCUCCCGGAACUGGUAAAACGCUCCUCGCCAAAGCAGUAGCCCGUGAAAGCGGCGCAACCGUUCUCGAGGUUAGCGGGUCUGAGGUGUACGACAUGUACGUCGGCGAAGGCGAGAAGAACGUGAAAGCGAUCUUCACCCUCGCCAAGAAGCUCAGUCCCUGCGUCGUCUUCAUCGACGAAGCGGAUGCUAUCUUCUGCUCCCGCACCGGAGCCAGCAGCCGCACCUCCCAUCGCGAACUGAUCAACCAGUUCCUGCGCGAGUGGGACGGAAUGAACGACCUUUCAGCAUUCAUCAUGGUUGCCACCAACCGACCCUUCGAUCUGGACGAUGCUGUCCUCCGCCGUCUUCCCCGCCGCCUACUCGUCGAUCUGCCGACCGAAGAAGACCGCCACGCAGUCUUGAAGAUCCACCUGAAAGAGGAGCAGCUCGACGACGCCGUCGACCUCGCUGAACUAGCCCGACGCACGCCACUGUAUUCUGGUUCCGAUCUGAAGAACUUAUCGGUCGCGGCUGCACUGGCCUGUGUUCGGGAAGAGAACGAGGCAGCAGCCAAGCACACCGGUGACGAGCCGUACAGCUACCCGGAGCGUCGUGUUCUGACGCGUACGCACUUCGAACGGGGAAUGGAAGAGAUAAGCGCCUCCAUCAGUGAAGACAUGUCUUCGUUGUCGGCCAUUCGGAAGUUCGACGAGCAGUAUGGUGACAGGAAAGGUCGUCGCCAAAAAAGCCCUGGCUGGGGAUUCAUUCCUGGUCCCAGUGGUGAAGCUUCGGUUGAUUCCGCACGUGUCCGGACAUGA